AUGUACAUCGACUCGGCGCUCGGUGUUCAGCUAGUGUUAGAGUUUUUCCACUAUGCUCGUCUCAGUUACUCGUCCCCCAGUGGCUCAUUUCUGAGCCCUUUAUCACUGAGAAGCGCCUUAGAUCUCAUUAUUAACAGGCGUAAGAUCGGCACUCCGCUUGAAGUUCGCAACAUUCCGCACUUUAACUCCAAGGACACAGCCUAUGUGCCAUCGCGGCCUAGGUUUCUCUUUACCAAACUUCUUAGAAUUGCGAUCCUUCAUUUGAUCAUUGAUUUUGCCACUAGUCAGGUACUAGCUGAGCCUGAGGUCGACUUUAGUGCGGAUAAGGUUUUUUUUUUUGACCGAGUAUGGCGCAGUGAGGUUUCUUGGCUGGAUGCCGGGAUCAGAAUCGGGCAGAUGGCAGGGGCGUGGAUUAUUGGCUAUUGGAUUCAGUCUAUGGGACACGACAUCUUUUCUGUAGUCUUGGUGAGCCUUGGUCUGUAUGAGGUCAAAGAUUGUCGCCCUAGGUUUGGUGACUUCUGGAAAGCGUACACUGUCCGGGCCUUCUGGGGAGUAUGCUGGCACCAAGAUUUCAGAUGGCUCCUUCAUCAAACAGCAUCUUUCCUCGUCAUGGAUGUUUUGCGAGUUCCCAAAGGACAAAAGCUUCUGGUGAAGAUUAGCUCGUUGUUCUUCGCGUUCUUGAUCUCCGGGCUCAUCCAUCUACACGGCGAUGUGAUCAGUGGUAUCCCGUACACUGAAAGCGGUGCAGUCAUAUCGACGUCCCUGCAGGCUGUUGCUGUACUGGCUGAGGAAUCGGUGCAGCAGGUAUGGACGCUUGGUAGCAAGUCACGUCAUUCACAGAGGUGGCAUCUCAUUGUUGGCUAUAUCUGGACAACGGCUUUCCUCCUUUGGUCAGCGGGAUAUGCGCAGUUUCCGUUGAUGAGAAGGGAGCAGGAUUUUGCACUUCCUAUAAGAUUUUUUAAGCGGCAAACCGGUAUGUGA